GUCAACAACAAGAUUUUGCACCACGAAAACACUAAUCUACGAGAAGUACUUGCUAUUAAAAAUUAUCUAAAGAAGCAAAAGAAGCCUCUAGAGCUCCAGCAAAGCAAGCAGUAUUAUACUCCGGCGGUGGUGUGGAGUCCUAGGACAAUAGAAGAUGCGAGAGCUCAAGAACGUCAAAAAAAACACUAA